AUGUCCGUCGGCCAGCCAUUGGAUGCUGAAACGGCGGCGCUGGUCACCGAGCUGCGCCAGAUGAAGGCCGAGCUGCUCGCGGAUGGGAACCUGCUGAAGGAGUUGAAUCGCCAAAACGAGGAGAUGGACGCGCAGAUCGAGGAGCUGACCCUGAGCGAGAGGAACCUCCGGUCCGAUCUGGCCGAGCUGCAGGAGAUCGAGCAUCGCCACCAGGGCCAGCUGCCGAUCGACACGCUGCGCAACCUGGACCACGUCCUGGAGUACGAGGCCGACUCCCAGGAGAAGGUGCGCCAGAAUGCGGUGACGCUCCGGCUGAUGGCCCACGAGCUCCUCCUGCGCACCAUCAUGAACGAGCGGGUGGCCGUCCGGGAGCUCGCCUCGCAGGAGGCACAGUUCGAGCGCGACUGCAACGAUGCGAUGAGGGCCCGGAAGCUGCUGGCGGAUGAGGUGGAGCGGAUGGCGCGGCAGUGCGAGGGCGGAAUGCUGAAGAAGAGGGACCUCUACAACGAGCUCGAGUCGAUGCACCGUGAGCAGGAGGAGCUCGACGCCGAGAUCCGGCUCAUUGAAGCGGCCAUCUUCCGCAUGAAGCUGUCGGCGCAGCACAUUGGCGCGCCUGUGAACAUUGGAUACAGUGGUGCCGUCGCCUCGGUCAGCGCCCCGGCCUUCUCCAUGUCGGCGGCCUGGGACUCGGAGGAGCUGAUCAUCGACCCGCUGGGCGGCCGCGACGCGCCCCGUUGC